AUGGAUCUCGUCGAUAUAACGCCUUCCAAAAAAAAUCCUCGUGGAAAAUUUGUUGGUACUGGUCAAAAGCAAAUAAUCAUUAAUCUGUACAAAGAGAAGAUCAAACAACAAGAAGAAAACCCAGACAGCCCCCAAUUGACCUACAGACAAAUGCUGUUAGAAAUCUCUAAAUCAAGUGGUAUUGGGCAACGGACAAUACAAACGACAUUGGCUGAAUAUAAAAAAAAAGGUACAGUUUCAUCACCUAAUAAAAAAAAAAUUAGACCAACAAUACUCGAAAAAGUAGAUAGUUUUGACAAACAAGCUAUCAGACGAAAAAUACAUGGCUUUUGGUGGAAUCGUGAAGUUCCUACUAUACAAAAAAUGUUGAUAGCUAUUAAUGAAGAUGAAACUUUACCAAACCUCAAACGUUCUUCAUUUCGUAAAAUAUUAAAAGAUUUGCAUUUUGUUUACGCGAAAAAAUCCCGCAAUAGUGCGCUUAUCGAAAGAGAGGACAUAAUUAUUUGGCGUGGUAAAUAUUUAGAUCAAAUAAGAAAAUACAGAUCACAAAACAGACCAAUAUACUACCUUGACGAGACGUGGGUAAACGCAUAG